AUGUCGUCCGCAGCAUCCUUCCGCUCCCUUGUGGGCAUGCAGCCAUCGACCGCCAGCCCCUCAGAUAGCGCCCUGAUCAUAAUCGAUGCACAAAACGAAUACGCCGAAGGCAAGCUUAAGGUAUCCAACGCUCCAGAGUCCCGCAAAGCCAUCUCUCAGCUCCUAGAAAAGUACCGUUCGGCUGGUGGUAAAGUCGUGCAUGUUGUCCACAAGGUGCCUGAUGGAGCACCGGUGUUCACACCAGACACACCAUUGGCGAAGGAGUUUGAUGAACUGAAGCCGAAGGAUGGUGAGAAGUAUAUUGAGAAGUUGCAUCCGAGCUCUUUUGCCGAUACGGAGUUGCACGAUUAUCUGCAGGGAACCGGUGCGAAGAAGGUCGUCUUGACGGGGUAUAUGGCCCACGUCUGCGUGUCGACCACUGCCAGAGAUGCGGAUCGUCUGGGGUACGACGUCCUGGUUGCUGAGGAUGCGGUGGGAGACAGAGACAUCCCUGGUGCUACUGGUGCUGAAGCGACGAAGAUGACAAUGACUGAGCUUGGAGAUGCUUUUGCCACUAUCGUUCAAAGCAAGGAUAUCAAGUAA